GGUGGCCGGUGGCGGCACCACGCGCAGUUGGGGAAAGAUCGUCAAACGGUUAUUAUGUUAUGUUUUAAUGCCAUUUGCCAUUGGCGAUGAUGAAUCAAGACUAUUUUUAACACACACAUUCAUGCUAGUUGUUUUUUUUUAAAUUAAUGUGAUUAUUUUUAAAUACGAAGAAUCCUCAAGAAAACCGGUGUCCUGUGAAACAUUGAGUUGAAAAUAAACUAUUUACCUACGGGCACGAGGCCGACAGGAAACAGUGUCGCACAAAACAAUCGGUCGUGAAUCAGAGUAUUUGUUAGUGAACCGAUACAGCACAAUCUGCACACCGGAGUCCCCAAACGAUCACCGGGAUUUGCGCUCCGGCUAGCUCAGCAUGCCGGUUAACAGUCGUCCACCGUGGCUGAAGGAUCGUCUGGAGACGGUUAACAAAGCCGUACCACCGGCAUGGACGCGCAAGGCAAGUGUCACACCCGCCACAGAUACAAAGGAAUCUUCACCAUCUGCCAAAGCGAAUGCGACCGAAGGUUCUCCAGCCGCCAGUACAAAAACGGCCACACCAACGGCCACCACCACCGUAAAGAAAGCUGUCAGCACACCGGCGAAAGAGAAUGGUGAUACGGCCGCCAAAGCUACCACCACGGCCAAGUUGCAAUCGAAGGAAAUAAAGGUGCCGGUUGUGGUGGCGCAGAAAAAACCGGUCAACCCUCCACUGACCAAACCCGACUCGACGGUAGGACUUAAAAACACGACCCCCGUCAUGACGGUGCAUCGGGAGGUGGCUAAACCGAAGCCGAAACCCACCGCCAAAGAACCGACGCCCGAAUCCGACGAUGAAGAGGAGGAAGAGGAAGAGGAAGAGGAGGAAGAGGAGGAGGAAGAGGAGGGCAGCACCGAGUACGAAACGGAGACGGAAUCUGAAGAGGAGCCACCGGCAAAGCCGGCCCCAAAAAAGCCCGAACCGAGCCAGCUGAAGCGCCAAGAUGCUGACGCAACGCAGCCACCGAAGCUGCCCGUGCAGCUGCGCAAAGUGACGCCGACGCGAAGCCCCGACAAGUCGGACGCCGAAAGCAAACCAUCGUCGAGGUCGGUAUCGGAAAAGUCAUCCUCCCCAGAGCCGAAAGUAUUCGUCCGGCCACCGCUUAAGAAAGUGAUCCGACCGCAACAGGAUUCGCCACCAAAGGAACGCUCCGUAUCGCCGGAACCGGCAAAGAACUUCCGCGUGCAGUUGCGCAAGGUACCGUCCAACCUGAAGGCACCCCGUGUGAAGGAAAAGCUGCCGGAGGUACAGCUGAAGAAGGUGGAGAAACCACUGCUGGAGGACAUACCGAAGAAGGAGGAAGCCUAUCCGCACAAACCGUCGAUGCUGAAGUCGGAAAGCAGUAAGAGAAUUCCUCCACCGCCACCGAUGCCGAAGUCCAACAUACCUCCACCACCUCCACCACCACCCAGCUUGAAGCCUCCGCCGGAUUUCGAGAAGAAGGAGAUAUCCGUCAAACAGAAGGAAGUGAUAGACAAGCUGAAACGUCGUCCACGUCGACGUCCGGACUGGUCGGACAUGAUGAAGGAGGUUGAGCAAGGCAGAAAACUGAAACACGUUGAGUGUAAUGACAGAUCGCAUCCGAUCAUAAACUCUAAAUCGAUCACCAAGGUAAAGGAUCAGUUCAUCUUCGAGACGGAGAAGGCCACGGCACACAAUCAGCUGCUGAAGCAGAUUCAGGGUGGCGUCCAGCUGAAACCGACCAAGUGUAACGAUCGCAGUAAACCGAUACUGGGAGGUUUGCGCAAGUUCCGCCGUCAGAUGACGCUCGAGGAGCAGCUGGCCAAGUCGGAGUCGCGCGCCAACAUGGAAGCGCCACCGGCGGACGAAGAGGAAGAUGAGCUGGACGACAUCGAUAAGGUGCGCGAUGAUCUGCAAAGCACAAAGCAAAUGUUGGCGCACGAGCUCCGGAACAACGAGGCAAUGGAGCGGGAAAACAAACGCCUUCAGGCACGGGUACAGAACCUCGAGGCGGAACUGUCCCGCGAGCGAUGGAAUCCGUUGAGCGGCGAGGAACGAACAACCGUCACCGGGCCACAGUCCGACCUGAUACAGUCGCUCAAGGAUGAAGCGCUAACGGCCCAGAAGCAGUCGAAGCAGCUGGAAGAGAAAUACCAAACGGUGGCCAAGGAGCUCGACACGGCGUACAAGCAGGCGGACGAGCAGAAACGAAAGAUUGCCGAACUCGAACGGAAGCUCCAGUGCUUAACGGACGAUGACUUCUACUUGAACGAGCAUCAGGGCAUUACGGAUGAUCGCAGAGCCACGGAGUCGGCCCAGAAGGAAAGCUCGCCGGAACUGCAGCCCGAAGAAGAGGAAGAGGAGGAGGAAGAAGAGGACGAGGAAAAGAAGGCAGAAAAGAUGGCCAAACGGUUGAACCGCGAGGUCAACAUGCUGCAGGCCCGGCUUACGAGAUUGAAGGAGAAACAGGAAGAGAAACACGCGGAACGACAGGCCCUGAAAUACGCCAUGAGAACCAAUCAGUAUGCCCUAAAGGCUGAGAAGAAAAAGUAUAAAAAGCUACAGAAAGAGGUGGAAAAAAUGGCCGCCAUGAUGAAGCUGGAGGAUGAUGAUGAUGACGAAGCAGCGGAAGCCAAGGAGCCACCGCCCGAGGAACCGGAAGACGAGCAGGAGGAAGAGGAAGAGGAGGAGGAGGAAAGCGAAUCGGAAGAAUCGGAAUCGGAGAGUGAAAAUGAGAGUGAAAAUGAAGCAGAAGAUGCUCCGGAUGACAAAAAGAAGACCAACCUGGAACCCAGAGUCAAGCGGCACGAGGGCCGGCUGGCCUCGCUCAAGAAGGGUAACUACUUGCUGCAGGCGAACGUGGAUCGUAUUAAGGAUGAGAUCAGCAAGGUGCGCGAAGACUGUUGCACAUUGCAAACGGAUCUGGACAGCGUAAUAGCGGACCUAGGCUGAUGACACACCCCUCCGGGUGGGGGCGCGUAAUAGAUUAUCUUUACCGUAAUAGUAAAAGGGGGCAGCAUGCAGUCUGCACUUGCAGGCUGUACGCUGUUCGUUUCCUAGGUACAAUACGGAACAGGCCGAUUGUUCUUUUCUCCGGUUCCGACCGACGUUUAGCACCGUGGCAGUACUUUAUACUCACAAAGGAGAAGGAAAAGCUAUCGCUUCAGAAAAAUAUUGUCCGCAUCAAAGCAACAUAUGCAGCAACUGCAGAGUGGCACGUAAUACAAGUAUUUUUGUACAUCGUUACUUUUGUAUACACGUAUAAUAAACUUACCUUUAUGU